AUGUCCGAAGGCCAACUCGGGCUCACUCACCAGAUCGGUGGUAGUUUGAGCUGCGCUCACAAUGAGUGCUAUAUUCUGGUCAAGGUGCGCAUCGAAGGGGACCUGACAAGUGCAGGACCCAUGCUCGCUUCAGCUCUCAGGCAAUUUGCCGUAUUUCCUGGCGUGGAGCCAGUGACGAAACAAGCACUUGCGAAGAGCCUCUCAGACGGGACCUUCAUUGACACAAAGUUUAACGCAUUCACACGAAGGCGCCAGCUGGGGUCUCAACAAAGGCUCUAUUCUACCCUUCCGUUAUAUGCAGCUUCCUCAACAUUCAAGAGCAUGGACGAUAAUGGACCAGGAGAUUUCAGCGAUAUCGUGGGAACAAAUUGGGCAAAUCUUCUGUCAGCCGUCGACUGCGGUCGACUAUUUGUUGAUGUAGAUGACGAAUACGAAGAGGAUAGCGACUUCGAUCCUGAAGAGGAGCACAUUAUCGAGGAGGUCGUCGGAGAAGACGGGCGCGGAUCAGUAUCAGGAACAAGUGACGCCAUCUCCGUCAGUUCCUCGGGAUUAUCGAACAUCACUCCCAGUGAAGUUCCGUCAAUGAUUCCUCCAUCGGUAUCCAAGACAAUCUUAGUCACCGGCGCCGCCUAUAAGACAUGGAAAGCGUUCUUGUUCUAUGCUUACACCGGGCAAACCAGCUUUACUCCACUUACCUCCAUAGCUAAUAUCGAAGAGCUCAGGACAUCGUCUACUAUGGGGAAGGGCGAUGUUCAUUCGGACUGUCCCCCGUGCUCCCCUAAGUCAAUGUACCGGUUAGCGCACAAGCUUCAGCUAGAGUCUCUGAAGCAAAUUGCGUUCAAGGAUAUCGAGAGAAAACUCAAUAAAACGAACAUCCUGCACGAAGUCUUGUCCAAGUUCACUUCAAAAUACCCUGAGAUACAAGAAAUGGAGAUCAGGCUACUGCUAGCUCGUCGCCAUGAACAAGGAGUCAUGGACACUCUGCCGAACAAGAUGGAGCAGAUCAUGCGAGGCGAGAUGCCGCAUUGCAAGGAGGUGCUCACCGCCAUCAUGUUGGCGGGUAUAAAGCGCGAUUGAGAGUCCAGCUUUCCAAAUGGCAUUCGUCCUGCUCGUGUAUGAUAGCAGCUCUUUUCUGUACCGUGAAUCCUUUGAUGGGAGUAGCUAGCUCGUUUGGCCGCGUUAUGUUGCACAUGCAUUUCUCACCAGGAAUUGACUCUGCC